AUGUUCAUUUCAUUAUUAUUGCUUAUUUCGAUUUUGCCAUAUUCGAAUGCAAUUCGCUUCUAUUUACCACCAAAUGGAAGGAAGUGUUUAAAGGAAGAAAUUCAUAAAAAUGUCGUUGUAACCGGUGAAUAUGAAUUCAGUGAAGGCGUUGGUUAUCAGAGCAGUGUUCAUGUGACUGAUUCGAGGGGUCAUAUAUUAUACAAUCGCGAGCGUUUCGCUGAAAAUAAAGGAAAAUUUGCUUUCACAGCUGAUGAAUACGAUAUAUUUGAGAUUUGUUUUACUUCUUAUUUAUCUUCAGGUCAACAAGGGAGAAACAGAGAACUUAUGUUGGAUAUGAAGCGUGGUGUUGAAGCCAAAAAUUAUGAAGCUUUGGCCAAAGCAGAGCAACUUAAACCAAUUGAAAUAGAAUUAAGACGUCUGGAGGAUUUAUCUGAAUCAAUUGUACAAGAUUUUGCUUAUAUGAGACAACGCGAAGAAGAAAUGCGAACCACGAAUGAGUCGACGAACAGUCGUGUUUUAUAUUUAAGUAUAUUUUCAAUGUUAUGCCUGCUGGGUUUGGCGUCAUGGCAAGUGCUUUAUCUUCGAAGAUAUUUUAAAGCGAAGAAACUAAUCGAUUAG